GACCACCCAGACACGCUGACGAGCAUGAAUAACUUGGCAGCGACGCUUUGGAACCAAGGCCGGUGGGACGAUGCUGAAAAGCUAGAGGUGCAGGUCAUAGAGACUCGCAAGACGAAGCUCGGAGUGGACCACCCAGACACGCUGAUGAGCAUGAAUAACUUGGCGUUCACGUGGAAGGGAAGCGGUAAAGGAACUAAAGCUGUAAGGCUUAUAGAAGAGUGUGUACGAAUUCGGAAACGUGUUUUAAGAAUUGGUCAUCCACAUUACAUUUCGUCCUACAAAGCUUUAAAGAUAUGGAAGGCUAAGCAAGAGGAUAUUGUUGUAUCGUCAGUUCAUAGGCAAACUUGAUUAAUGUUAAAGCGUGCUUUAAUAUGUGUAACUAAACGACUAAUUAGUACUUUCUAAGUAACG